UUCCCGACAGCAGCUGGGAAAUUCCCGACAUUCAGCCUCAGACUUAGAACUAUAACCCCAACUAGAUUCAAUUACUAUGGGAUUAACACUGGAUGUAUUUUUAAUGGAUUUUCUUAAUGUAGAAUGCCUCCCGCCCCACUGUUUUGGACUGCAUGCUAUUUUAAUACUGCUGUGGCUAAACUAGUGUGAUCAACAUAACCAACAGAAUGAGAUAGAGCUCAGGGAGAUUCCUGGUAAUCACCAAACUUUUCUUUUCUGGCCAGGAUCACCUUGUUUCUUCCUGAAUCCUCAAAACUCUGCAACCUCUGUUAAAAAGUUCAUUCUGCUUUUUUGACCUUGCUUUGAAGGGAAAAAAAAAUGCAACCAACAAGCCUCCCCUAACAUUGUGAAGGAAAGAAACAGAAGAAGCCACUGCAGUUCCUCAAUAACCAUUGUGAUCAUGAGGGAAAAAAGGCAACCCAAGUUGCCCAGCAUGUACACCAGCUUCCGUGUGACAGAGCGUGAGGAGAGAAAGAUGAAUGGCGGGCUGAGGCUCUGACUUGUUAGUUUUCCUUUACUUCAGCUGCUACAAAUUCCGGCUUAGCAAUGGAUGUUCUUUUUGAAGAAAAUGCUUCCUUGAGCUCCACUACAAACUCCUUAGUGCAAUUACAUGACGAUACAAGGCUCUACAAUAAUGACUUUAACAACGGAGAAGCUAACACUUCAGAUGCGUUUAACUGGACAGUGGACUCGGAAAAUCGAACCAACCUUUCCUGUGAGGGCUGCCUCUCACCACCCUGCUUCUCCUUACUUCAUCUCCAGGAAAAAAACUGGUCUGCUUUGUUGACAGCUGUAGUGAUUAUUCUAACCAUUGCUGGAAACAUACUCGUCAUCAUGGCAGUGUCCCUAGAGAAAAAGCUGCAGAACGCCACCAACUAUUUCCUGAUGUCACUUGCCAUAGCUGAUAUGCUGCUGGGUUUCCUUGUCAUGCCCGUGUCCAUGUUAACCAUCCUGUAUGGCUAUCGGUGGCCUCUACCUAGCAAACUCUGUGCUGUCUGGAUCUACCUGGACGUGCUCUUCUCCACGGCCUCCAUCAUGCACCUCUGUGCCAUCUCGCUGGAUCGCUACGUUGCCAUCCAGAAUCCCAUCCAUCACAGCCGAUUCAACUCCAGAACUAAGGCAUUCCUGAAAAUAAUUGCUGUUUGGACCAUAUCAGUGGGGAUAUCUAUGCCAAUACCAGUCUUUGGACUACAGGAUGAUUCCAAGGUCUUUAAGAAAGGGAGCUGUUUACUUGCUGACGAUAAUUUCGUCCUGAUCGGCUCUUUUGUGUCAUUCUUCAUUCCCUUAACCAUCAUGGUGAUCACCUACUUUCUAACUAUCAAGUCACUCCAGAAAGAAGCUACUUUGUGUGUGAGUGAUCUUGGCACACGGGCCAAACUAGCUUCUUUCAGCUUCCUUCCUCAGAGUUCCCUGUCUUCAGAAAAACUCUUCCAGCGGUCAAUCCACAGGGAACCAGGGUCCUAUGGGAGAAGGACUAUGCAGUCCAUCAGCAAUGAGCAAAAGGCCUGCAAGGUGCUGGGCAUUGUCUUCUUUCUGUUUGUGGUGAUGUGGUGCCCAUUCUUCAUCACGAACAUAAUGGCCGUCAUCUGCAAAGAGUCUUGCAACGAGGAUAUCAUCGGAGCCCUGCUCAAUGUGUUUGUUUGGAUCGGUUACCUCUCCUCAGCGGUCAACCCACUCGUGUAUACACUGUUCAACAAGACCUACAGGUCGGCCUUUUCACGGUAUAUUCAGUGUCAGUACAAGGAAAAUAAAAAACCAUUGCAGUUAAUUUUAGUGAACACUAUACCGGCCUUGGCCUACAAAUCUAGUCAACUCCAAAUGGGACAAAAAAAGAAUUCAAAGAAAGAUGCCAAGACCACAGAUAACGACUACAGUAUGGUUGCUCUAGGAAAACAACAUUCAGAAGAUGCUCCUACAGACAAUAUUAAUACAGUGAAUGAAAAGGUUAGCUGCGUGUGAUAGACUGGUUGCCAUAGCAACCAUGGAGGGCACACUGGGCAAAUUUUUACCUAUCUGGGGGAAAAAAAAGACAAAGGGGAGACUGGAAAAAAAAUUAGGCCGAUCUAGUAGAACCAACAAUAAUAUUUAUAUGCCUCAUUUUAUUCUGUCAAUGAAAAAAAAAAGGCAGGGUUAAAAGACACAAAAUGUGCACUUCAAAAAUGUUCUGACAGCAUUUCAGCUGUGAGCUUUACGAUACUUAUUUUUAACAUUGUAAAUGAUAUACAUCUUUAAAAUAAUUAGCUUUUAUUGUAAAAUUAUAAUGAGGCCAUAAAUAAGUCUAAAUUAACUUCUAUUCCAAGUGGAAACCUUGCUCCUACGUUAGUUGAUGGCAUGAGUUGGUUACCUAUUGCUGUAAAUAACAAUAGCUACAAAUAGUGAGAAGUUGGGUGAAUAUAAUAUAAUGACCUCUUAAAGAAAAAUCCUCUUUAAAACUUAUGCUACAUAUUUUGAACAA